AUGUUCAAUCAGAUUAGACAGUGCAGUACUACUCUACUGUCAUCAAGCAGACAAUGCACUGCAUUGACCACCAGAUCAAUCUGGUCCUCUAGCAACAGCAGCAACAACAAGAUCUCAACAGGAGCAUCACCAAUGCGUUACUCAUUCAACUUGGAUGGAUCUUUGAAACAGAAGCAAUCAAACAACAACAAGAAUGUCAACAUGUUGCGUACCACUUCACCAUCUACAUCAUCACCAUUAUACUUUAAUACCAAUGAUAUAUUCUCACUAUUCCCUUUAACUAAUAGAUAUACACCAACGACAACGACAACAACAACCAUCAACAACAUCACCAACAACAAUAACAACAUUAAUAAUAACAUUAUAGUUCGACAGAAUGAUACAGAGUUCAUUGAUAUAGAACCAUCGGAAAGUGCGAUGAUACAGGAGCCAUCGACAUCAUCAAAUGGUGACAGUAACUUGGAUAUGUCUAGCAUUAUCAAGAAGAGGAGACUAAUGAUGACCAAGCACAAGCAAAGAAAGCUGAGGAGAAAGAUGAGAUCGCUCAAGAAGAGACUCGGCAAGAUUUAA